GUGUGUGUGUGUGUGUGUGUGCACGUGCUGCAGUGUGUAAGUUUAAGGCUCAUAAGCGUUGUGCAGUCCGAGCCACAAACAACUGUAAGUGGACAACUCUGGCUUCAAUCGGGAAGGACAUCAUUGAGGACGAGGACGGGGUGUCGAUGCCUCAUCAGUGGUUGGAGGGGAACCUUCCUGUCUCUGCUAAGUGUAGCGUCUGCGAUAAGACAUGCGGCAGCGUCCUCCGGCUGCAGGACUGGAGGUGUCUCUGGUGUAAAGCCAUGGUGCACUCAGGCUGUAAGGAGCAGCUGUCGUCCAAGUGUCCUCUGGGCCAGUGCAAAGUGUCCGUCAUUCCUCCAACGGCGCUCAACAGCAUCGACUCUGAUGGUUUCUGGAAGGCGUCCUGUCCCCCGUCCUGCACCAGUCCUCUGCUGGUUUUUGUCAACUCUAAAAGCGGAGACAAUCAGGGCGUGAAGUUCCUGCGACGGUUCAAACAGCUGCUGAACCCGGCGCAGGUGUUUGACCUGAUGAACGGAGGACCUCACCUGGGUCUGCGGCUGUUCCAGAAGUUCGACACCUUCAGGAUCCUGGUUUGCGGAGGAGACGGCAGCGUUGGCUGGGUUCUGUCUGAGAUCGAUGCUCUGACGCUGCACAAACAGUGUCAGAUGGGUGUUCUUCCGCUCGGAACCGGGAAUGACCUGGCUCGGGUUCUGGGCUGGGGCUCAGCCUGCGAUGACGACACGCAGCUACCUCAGAUACUGGAGAAACUGGAGAGAGCCAGCACCAAGAUGCUGGACAGGUGGAGCAUCAUGGUCUAUGAGACAAAGUUUCCACGGCAACACUCUGCCUCCACUGUCACGGAGGACUGCAGUGAUGACUCUGAGGUGCAGCAGAUUCUGACCUAUGAGGAUUCUGUGGCUGCUCACCUGACGAAGAUCCUGACGUCAGACCAGCACUCAGUCGUCAUCUCCUCAGCCAAAGUUCUCUGUGAGACCGUCAAGGACUUUGUGGCUCGUGUUGGUAAAGCUUAUGAGAAGAACACAGAGAAUUUGGAGGAGUCUGAGGCCAUGGCCAAGAAGUGCGGCGUUCUGAAGGAGAAACUCGACUCGCUGCUGAAGACUCUGAACGAGGAGUCGCAGGCCUUGACGGUGCUCCCCCCGGCUCCUCCCCCAACCAUCGCUGAGGAACAGGAGGAGCUGGAGGUGGUCAGUCUGGCUCCUCUCCUUCAUCCUGCUCCUCCUCCUCACCCUCCCUGUUCGCCACGAGCCACACCGCCGCCUUCGGCAGCGGCCGCCAUUUUUAAACCUCGGGAGCAGCUGAUGUUGAGAGCCAACAGUCUGAAGAAGGCGAUUCGACAAAUUAUUGAGCACACAGAGAAAGCUGUGGACGAGCAGAACGCUCAGACCCAGCAGCACGUCUUCUCAGUGGGUCGUUCUGAGCAGCAGGUGGGUCUGGUUGAAGAGGAGGAGGAGGAAGACGGGGAGGAGGACAAGUCGUCCCUGCAGUCGUCUUUCAGCUCCAAACAGCGCAGCAGCCGCAGACUCAGCAAGACGCCGUGUGAGAAACUGAUCCAUAAAGGCGGCCUGUUACCGGGGAGCUCCACUUCACUUCCUGUUCAUACAGGAAGUAGAGACAACAUGCCUAUGCUGAACACAAAGAUCUUGUAUCCAGGCACUCUGACCAGCAGCUCGGUCAUCACUCGGCUGCUGGUCAACGCCGACCCGUUCAGCUGCGACGCCGACAACAUGGACUGCUACACAGAGAAGUGCGUCAUGAACAACUACUUUGGCAUCGGACUCGACGCCAAGAUCACGCUGGACUUCAACAACAAGAGAGACGAGCAUCCGGAGAAGUGCAGGAGUCGCACAAAGAACUUGAUGUGGUACGGAGUGUUGGGAACCAAAGAGCUGCUGCACAGAACCUACAAGAACCUGGAGCAGCGCGUCCUGCUGGAGUGUGACGGGCGGCCGAUCCCCCUGCCCAGUCUGCAGGGCAUCGCCGUGCUCAACAUCCCCAGCUACGCCGGGGGAACCAACUUCUGGGGCGGGACCAAGGAGGACGAUACCUUCACGGCGCCGUCUUUCGACGACAAGAUCCUGGAGGUGGUUGCCGUGUUCGGCAGCAUGCAGAUGGCCGUGUCAAGGGUCAUCAACCUGCAGCACCACCGCAUCGCCCAGUGUCGGACGGUGAAGAUCACUGUCCUGGGGGACGAGGGCGUCCCGGUCCAGGUGGACGGGGAGGCCUGGAUCCAGCCUCCCGGCUACAUUAAGAUCAUCCACAAGAACCGGACCCAGACCCUGACCAGAGACCGGGCGUUUGAGAGCACCUUGAAGUCCUGGGAGGACAAGCAGAAGUGUGAGUUCCCUCAGCCGUCCCUGCCGCCGCAGCCGGAGACGGUCUCUGAGGACGAGGCGCUGCUGGUCAGCGAGUUCGGUCAGGCUGCUGGAGCCCUCAUCCACAGCAUCCGGGAGGUGGCCCAGUUCCACCACAGCAUGGAGCAGGAGCUGGCCCACGCCGUCAACGCCAGCUCCAAGGCCAUGGACGUGGUCUACGCCAAGAGCCCCGAGGCUCUCAGCUGCAGCUCCGUGGUCCACAUGGUCAGCGACGUCAAAGCUCUGCUCAGCGAGACGGAACUGCUCCUGGCCGGGAAGAUGUCCAUGCAGUUGGACCCGCCUCAGCAGGACCAGCUGAACGCCGCUCUGGGUUCUGUGGCCCAGGAGCUCCGCCGCCUGUCAGACGUCCCUUGGUUGUGUCCUGUCAUCGACCCGUCGGACCAGGAGGGUCCUCUGGCGGACUUUUCCAAACGGAGUCAAAGUGGGAAAUUUCGUCUUGUCUCAAAGUUCAAGAAGGACAAAAACAACAAGAACAAGGAGAUGUGCACCACCCUGUCGCUGCCAGGACCUCGGGGUGACGAAGGUUGGACACAUGAAGCGGAUCCUGCAGGGCGUCAAGGAGCUGACGAGGAGCAGCAGCGCCAGCGAGGCCUAGCCGCCUGCAGGAACCGCUGCCCGCUGUCCUCCUACCUCUGCUGCCUUUCUCCGCCCUGUCCAGCCAGAAACCACCGGACCGGACCAGGACCAGAAGCGGCCCUCAGAAACACCAGGCAGAACCUUCUACAGAAACCUCCUGGUUCCGACCCGGGGAAGAACCAAUCAGAUGAUCCAUGAGUGCCUUCCCUCUCCAACCAGAACCGCCGGUCCAAUCAAAGAAUCAGGACCAGAACCAUCAGAUGGGUCCGGAUCAGGACCAGGACCAUCUCGGACUCUCUGAACAUUUCAACGGGCCUCUCCUUCGAGGCGACACCAGUUCUGAUGAGUCGGAACCAACUGGACCUCAGGCCCGGUUGAGGCGAUUUGGAUAAUGACAUCUUCAGGUACUGAUCAGAACUGGAUCUCCUAUAAUCCAACAGAACCGCAGACUGGUUCUGAGUUCUGUUGAUGGUGGAGAUUCCUCUCAGACUGGAUCAGAACCCUGACCGGGUUCUGGUAGAACAGGACAGCAAGGUCCGGCAGCAGCUCUGUGAGCUGGAUUCUGGGUCAGAGUGAGCCAGAACCGAACCACUGAACUAUUAGAUGAAUAUGCUGACCCAGCCGACCCAACAGAACCUCCCCGGGUUUGCCGUUUUGGACCAGAACCUAGCAGAACCCUUUUAAAAAAAUCAAACCUUUAAUGUCCCAAACACCCGGACCAGAACCAGAAAGUUGUGCCUGUGGUUCUGGAUGGAUUAAACCAGUUUACAGGAUUCACACCAGCUGUGGUUCUGAUGACACCCGGUCAGAACCCGAUCCAACAUUUCAGCCUCAUCAAUGGUUUUGGGUCCAAAUGUUUUAUUUUGAAACUACAACGACCCAUCAGGUUGAAUCAGAACCCUGACUGGGUUCUGAAGAGUUAAGGACCGCCCUGCUGGAUCUGAUUGGUCAGAUUCCAGGAAGUCCCGCCCCCUGGAGGCCUGCAACGCACCAGCAGGGGGCGACCAAUCACAGACUGAACCUUCUGAUCAAUCUGGUGGAGAUUCAAAGAGUUUACCCGAACAUUUAUCGAUGGGUGCCUUAAAGACGCGGCGGCCGGUCAGAGGUCAGCCGGUCAGAGGUCAGAGGUCAGCCGGUUGAUCUCAGAUCAGGCCGCGGUUUAUUUGUUUGUUUCUUUUUUUCUCCAGCUUCAUUUUUCUACUGAUCUUCAUCGUUCUUCAGUUGAUGUUCAGAUUCAAGAUUAGGACGUUUCCAAAUCUUGUUCCAGAUGUUUGUAUUUUUGGCUCCAGAUGUUUGUGUUUGGUUCCAGUUUCAAUCUGGACCCAGACGUUUCCAGAACCCGCUCCAGAUUCCCCAGAGUCUGGACUCAAUCCUGAUUCCCAUGUUUUCAUUGUCCAGGUGUUUCAGUCUGGUUCCAGAUGUUUCCGCGUCUUCGUCCGAGCUUUUCUGGACCCGGUGGACAUGUCGGAUCUGUCAGGUUCUGGACCAGAUUGUUCUGUUUCUGGGUCCUAAUAUUCCAAAGUUUGGAUCAGAUUACAGAUGGUUAACAUCUGGAUCCAGAUUCAUAAACAUCUGGAUCCAUUUGUUCCACAGUCUGGGUCCAGAUGUCUCUGAGUUUUGAUCUAGAUGUUUUUGUCUGGUUCCAGACAUUUUUGAGUUCUGUUUUAAAUAUUUCAAAUUCUGGAUCUGUGUGGAUCUGGAUCCUGAAAUGUACGAGUUUGGAUCUGGAUCUGGCUCCAGAUCCAAACAGGUUUACAUCCACGUGCUUUUGGUCCUGGAUUCUCAUAUCUUAGAGCGCUCUCCACCUCUGGAUCCAGAUGUUUCUGAGCUUCAGAUAUUUUCAUGCCUGCAUCUGGAUUUUCCAGAUGUUUUCGAAUCCUGCUGCACAUAUUUCACGGUCCAGAUGUUUCAGAUUCUGGAUCCUGACAUCCAGAUUCUUCAGGUGUUUCAUGUCGCCAUCGUGUUGCAUUCGUGAUCCAGAUGUUUCCCAAUCUCCAUCCUAGCAUUUCACAUUCUAGACCCAGAAUUUCUUAGCCCCAGCUGGUACAGACGUUUCAGUCUGGAUCCAGAUGUUUCAGAUUCUUUGAUGUUUGUGCCUCACGCCCCGAAUUUCAGCGUUUAAAUUUUUUCCAGGUUCUGAAUCCAGAUGUGUGUUUUAACCUCUGGAUCCAGACCCAGAGUCGUCCUGAUCCAGAUGUGCCCUCCUCCUCCUCCUCCUCCUCCUCGUCAGUGCCUUGCUCCAGGGUGCGGUGCAGUGCUGGUCUCAUCCUGCCUGUAUUUAUUGUGUAAUUUAUAAACCGUGACACUGUUCCGGUGGUGGGAGCGCCCCCUGCUGCGCCGUCACUGUAGAUGCACAGAAACCUGUGGAAGAUAAAUAAACUUCAUUUCUCCUCUGAAA